AUGAUGCUGAAUCCAGCUCGUAUUUCGGACAUCAAUAGAACAACUGUUCCUCAAAUAACACGAACUGUGGCAGAUUCACAGAGUGAUGACAAUAAAGCAAAUUAUGCAUCGGCACGUCCUAUAGUGGAGAUUGCUACGUACGCGGAAACAGACGUUUAUGAAUGCUAUUUUAGAGGUGCUGAGUCUCAUAUUGUUAUGAGAAGAACACGAGAUGAUUGGAUAAAUAUUACACAAGUCUUUAAAGUUGCCAAAUUUUCCAAGAAUCAUAGAACAAAAGUACUUGAAAGAGAGUCAUCGAAUCUCAGGCACGAGAAAGUUCAGGGUGGAUAUGGUAGAUUCCAAGGAACAUGGAUUCCCUUGGUCGAUGCAAAGAGAUUGAUUGCAGAAUAUAACAUAAAUGAUCCUGUUGUUCAAACAAUCAUCAAUUUCAAUUUAGAUCCUUCAAAUCCACCAAGAAGAAGAAUGAAAAAUAGUAUAUUAAGGAAAGCUUCUCCUGGUAAAAAAAUUUCUUCACCAUCAAGUUAUAAUAAAACACCAAAGAGAAAAAAUAAUCAACCUCAGGCUAGUCAAUCGAACUUACAGAAGAAAGUUAAAAAAUCAACUUCCUUACAGGCUAAUCCAAGCCCUUUGCAUAAUGUAGCAUUUCAAACCCCAAGACAAUCAAACAUAACAAACUCUUCCAAUACAACUGCAUAUAGAAAUACAAAUUCGUCUACUCUAGAUGAUCCAUCAUCAAUUAGCGUGAACCCCACAAUGUCAAGAUUAAACUCUGCCGACAACAUUAAGCCUCACACUAAUGGGUACUCUGCAUCUCAAAAACCUUUACAAUUUUUUCCAGUUCCAACAAACGUAUCCAACGAAGGGCCAACUCGGCCACCAAAUAACGUUAUUAAGUACGGUAACAAUACUAUGAAUUUUUUUAAAAUAAACAAGAAGCCAAAGGUAUCUAAUUUUAUCACAUUUGUUCCUGAAAACAGCACUAGUAAAACUAUUACAUCACAAAUUGAUACACAAAGCAGUAAUAAUGAAAAAACAAGCAUAAAUAUUCAGCGCCAUUAUGCUUCUGGGAACGAGUUCAUUGAAAACAAUAGCCAAGAAAAGAUAGAGCUUUCAACUAACAAAAUGUUAAAUUCAAAACUACAACCAUCCUCAAUUGAGGAUAUUAACAAUGUCAAGACAAAAAAUGCUCCAACAAACUCUACUUUUUCAUUGACUAACAAUUAUUCUGAUAAUGAUCGAAACUUAAAUAUUGGCAAUCAAUUAAAGAUUCAAAGAAUGAAUAAAGACGAAUAUAGAGAGUUAAUAUUGAAAGUAUUAGCAUAUGAGCCAAAACCAGAUGAAUCAUAUACUCUCCCUAAUGAGUUGUACCACCCACCAGAAGGCUUUAAUAUUGAUGCGGAAAUUGACCAACAAAGUCACACUGCAUUGCAUUGGGCUUCAGCUAUGGCUAAUAUUCCAUUGAUCAAAGCGCUUCUGUACCUAAAUGCAAACGCACUAUAUUGUAAUAUCAAGGGUUUUAAUUGUGUCACUAAAUCGUUAUUUUAUAAUAAUAAUUAUACUAACAAUACAUUUGGAGAGCUUAUUUAUAUUUUGAGGAUAUGCUUAGUAACACCUGAUCAAAAUAGACGUCUCCCAUUCCACUACUUGGUGGAAUUGAGUGCUAAUAAAUCUAAAGAUGAUACUGUCAUCACAUCAUAUAUCGAAACAAUGUUGCGGGCAUUAGCUGAAGAAAAUUAUAGUACUUUGCAAAUGUGUUUAGAUUUUCAAGAUACUAUGGGUAAUACUCCUUUGCACCUGGCAGCGUUAAAUUUAAACUUGGAUCUUUUCAAUAAGCUUUGCCUCUUAGGAGCAUCUAUUGAUAUUCCCAAUGCUGAAGGGCACUCAGCGGUGGAAAUAUUAUCAAGGUUCAAUAUGAUUGUUCCUCCCACUUCCCAGAUGGGGAUCAAGCCAAAUUUAGAUACAGAUAACAAACUGCUAGUAAAUCCAAAAAUUAAGCUGGAACAGGAGAAGAAUUUACGUCAAACUAUCAAAUCAGAGGAGCUUCCACAAGAGACACAGAUGACGACACUUUUGGAAACGCCUAUUUUAUAUAAAAAUCAAAGCCCAAGAACAUUUUUACAAUCUAAUGAAAAGAACAAUACCUCACUGGGUCAAAUAAUGGAGGACCUAUCCUCAAUUGACGCAAUAGUUAACUCUUCUGUAAUAAAAUAUGCAAAAUCGUCACCAGCACCUUUGCAGUCACCAUCUACAAUGAAACAAAGUAUAAAGGAUGCCACUAGAACUAAUAAGGACCAUUCAACUGCAUUAGAAGAAAAGAUCGCUCCUUUAUUCCCUGAAAAAUCUACCAACUCUCCCACCUUUAGCAAGGGUAACAAGCUAAACAGAGUUGUGAAUCAGUUGGUGAGUAAGAUUGACAUGGAGAUUAAUAGUAACGAACACGAGAUAAAAAUUCUGAGAAGCAAUCUGGUGGAUGUCCAGAAGACUGCCAAUUCUGUGACCAGACAGAAAAAUAAUAUAUUCAAAAGCUUAAAAAUUAAGGACACUAUUGAACUUGAAAAGUCAAAAAUUAAUCUCUUAGAAGAUGUCAAAGAAAAGAAAACUAAAUUAAGAAAGCAACUCGAAAAAUCCCAAGCACUGAUACUGGCUCAAGCAGCAGAAGAGGAGCAAAAUCUAGAAAAUUGUAUUAUUGAAGCAGGUGAUAUAGAUGUUAGAAUAAAAGAUUCUUUAAAGUUUGCAAUUUUACAAUUGAAGAGACGUUCAAUGCUACAGAGGUUGGUUGAAGUCAAAAGUAGGGGGAAUUCAGCGAUUAAAUUAAGAAAGUAUAGAGCAUUAAUUGGAUCAACCUUUAGUGAUAUCGACACUAAGUUAGACGAGAUUGAGAAGGAUUUGAAGUCUGCUGUAUGA